AUGGCUGAUGAGUAUGAUCGCAGCAGCUACAGAAGCACCAGUGUUGACGAAGGUGGCUACAGCAAGUCCAGCACCAACGACUACGGUAACGCUGGUGGCUACAACAAGUCCAGCACCGAUGACUACGGUAGCGGGGGUGGCGGCUACAAGUCCAGCACGGACGACUACAGUAGCGAGGGUGGCUACAACAAGUCCAGCACCGGCAACUACGGAAACAAUGGUAGCUACAAGUCCAAUGAUCUAAGCAGCGACUACAACAAAUCUGGCACCGAUGAUUACAGUGGCAGUGGUGGAUACACUAAAUCCACCACCAGCGAUGAAUACAAGAAGCCAAGCUCCGACGACUAUGAUGGUAGCUACAAGAACUCCAGCACUGAUGGCUACAGCGGAAGCGGCUACAACAAGUCGAGAACCGACGACUAUGGCAGCGGUAAGAACACCUCCAACACUGACGACUAUGGCAGCGGUGGCUACAACAAGUCCAGCACCGACGACUACAGUAGCGGGGGUGGCGGCUACAACAAGUCCAGCACUGACGACUACAGUAGCGGGGGUGGCUACAACAAGUCCAGCACCGACGACUACAGAAACGAUGGUGGCUACAAGUCCAAUGACCUAAGCAGCGACUACAACAAAUCUGGCACCGAUGACUAUAGUGGCAGUGGUGGAUACAGCAAGUCCACCACCAGCGACGAAUACAAGAAGCCAAGCUCCGACGACUAUGAUGGUGGCUACAAGAACUCCAGCACUGAUGGCUACGGCGGCAGCGGCUACAACAAGUCGAGCACCGACGACUAUGGCAGCGGUAAGAACACCUCCAACACUGACAACUAUGGCAGCGGUGGCUACAACAAGUCUAGCACGGACAACUAUGACGGAGGCUACAACAAGUCCAGCGGCGAUGACUAUGGCCGCAGCAGCAAGUCAGGAACCGAUGACUACAGCGGAGGCUACAACAAGUCCGGCUCCGAUGAGUAG